CGUGUCUUGCUUGCUGUCAGCAGUCACACAAGCCAACCACCAAUCACGCGGCGUUCGCUGAUCGAUCGAUCCACAAAGUCGACUGAAUCAAGCAACACAGAGACAGAAAAGAAGAAGCAUCAAUAUAUUCAAGCAUGUCCCUUCAGUGGUUCAGGUCUGCUGUGGUUACUCUUAUCAAACUGGUGCUGGUUUUUGGUCGACAUAAUGUUGGAGCAGAUUUCAGCGAUAACUGUGACAACUCGCCUAAUUCCCUCUCAUGCAUCCACACGUAUGAAGAGCUUUAUAACAGCUUAGCGAAGUCAGAAAACAGUUUUAACAUUGAGUCAGCUAUAUAUCCAUCCAGGAGGCCUUCUUCUGUCCGUGUGUUUGUAAAUUUACAUGGUCCUAACGAGACAGAAAACCUCAUCGUGCCAUACACUUGGAGCCUUUCCUGUUUUUAUGUUGCUGUCCCACCACUACUACUGGAAGUUUUGUCCCUCGGAUCCAUCCUUGUGACGCCUCGGACUCAAACACUGAAUAUAACUAUUCCAUAUUUCUGCUGCAAUGUGUCAAAGAAGGAGAAUGAAAGAAGGAUGAUCAUUAAAGAAAGGAUUAAAAGAGCUCUCGCAUCAGGUACCUCUGCUGAUUGUGAUAAACUGAAUGAGGAAUGUGAUAUGCUGAACACAAUUUCAGAAGUAAUGCUUAACCCAACUUGGGGCUUGACUGUUACGCUUAUAAUAUGCUUUAUUUUUGCCUCCUUCACCUAUGCUGUCUACGAAUAUCUUACUUUAAUUAGCUGUACACAAGAUGAAGUGAAACCCGAUAAACUGGAUGCUCUAUUGCCUGGUAUGUUGAGUUUUCUUGCUGUUCUUUUCCUAAUCCCGGCAUUACUAUUCGCCAGCCCGUGGUUUAAUGGAAGAGAAAAUGCGUAUGAAACAGUAAAGACCAUACUUAUGACUGCUCUUGCUACCUUCAUUUGGUUGACUUCUAAGAAGCUUCUGGGCAAGAAAAAAAAAUCAGAAGAGAAAGUCAUAGACUCAAGACAGACACUUACAGGUGUCUCUAUUAGUGACGCAAGGCAGCCUUCAUCCAGUGAGCUAUCAACCCAUAGCGCCUCAAGUCAGAAUUCAUAUUAUUCAUGUCAUUCCGAAUCUCAUCCACUAGUGAAUGAUCACGAUAAUGCGGAAAGCCAGCCCUCAAAUGAUGAUUCAUUUAUAUCAUUGUCGCAAAAAAGCCAAGCAUGUGGCAAAAUGGUGCAAAAUAGUGAAAAUAUCGAAUUUAACGAGACACAAAGGAUAUAUAGAGAGAGCAACGUGUAGCAAAAUCUGAAUUUGUUGGCUUAAAACUCGGUCUCCACAUGGAAUACCACUUUCAUUUGCGAUCGCCUUCUUAAGUUACGAUUUGUAGGGUCAAAGAAGAAAUUUGAAUCGGCUUGCAGAGUUUAAAAUGUAAAAAUAGUCGUUCAAUAGCAGAGAAACUAUUUCCUACUGCUUCUAUUAUGACAUAUGUUGAGUAACCACUUGUCUGGAAACUCAUACAUAAUUUACAUACAUAAGGUUUCGAGACUUUAUUAAAGUCAAUUGCAUCACGAAGAACAAAGCGCAGUGACAAAAUGUUAGGGGGAAAAUUAUGUGUUUUAGUUUGGACAAAUUUUUAGUAUCUUAUGGCCGCGCAGUUCAAGUUUAUUUUUCCGGUUUCGACCUAGUUCCUGUGUUCAGUUCGUUCUUUCACUUGACCAGUUAAGCGGGGAAGGAUGAUGAACGGGUUGUUCUAUUCAAAUUGUUGCUAUAUUAUAAAAUUAUAACCAGAGCAAUUGAAUUGAUAAUGUAUAUCAUAAAAUAUUAUAUUUAGUGUUUUCAUGGUCUUUUUGGGCAAAUAUAUUCGCUAAUCUUCCAUAUAUAUUUGUGUACUUUCGCUUUUAAAAAAUUGGGUUUAUUGGGGUUUUCUUUCUAGUAAGUUAAAUAAAAUGUCUAAAAACCACAGUAGCUUUUGGAAUAGAUUUUUGUUGUUACUCGCUUCAUCAUAUGCACCUGCUUGUCGGCACUUUUGUUAUUUAUUACA